AUUAUUAUUGAAGAAAUGCCAACGAAGGGUCUGGAGGCGGCAGAUGUCCUUGUGGCCCUCGAGUCAAAGCUCGCUUAUCUUCCUGGUGGACGUGAUCGCGAGGGACGACCUUUGAUAGUGGUCAACGUCCCAUCUGAACUUCAGCCGACAACGAAACCACGCUUGGAAUCGAUCAUCUUAUACUUCUUGUCGAUUUUCAGCGAAGGGACGAAGAAAGGUGGUCUGGUAUUGAUCAUAGACGCACGCUAUCGAGCAUGGCGAGUUGCAAGAUCCUGCAUCAGGUUAUCGGUGAUGCUUCUAGGAAGUCGUGCAACUUCCGUGUUCGUUAUACGUCCAGAUGGGUUCUGGGACAAGCGUGUCGACAGUUGUACCAAGUCCUAUAAGGACAGCGAGCCGAUGUAUGUUACCGUCGAAAGACUUCACGCGUUUAUUGAAUUUUCUCAAUUACCAUAUGAAUUGUGCGGCAACAAGUUUUACGAUCACACGGAAUGGAUUCGAAAACGUUUGAAAGUCGAAGAAUACACGAAGGAUGGCUUAGAAUUAUUAUCGAAAAUGUCGAAUUUGCAUGAACGAUUGAGUAGCCUCGAUGGGAUUCGCAUGAGGCAAUCGGAUGAUGAUUUAGAAUCUUAUUGGGAAAUCGGAAUGGAACUUACGUCUGUUGCUUCUCGUAUCCUUAACUCAGGUAGGAGUUUAGUCAACACUAUGAGUAGAGAUUCGUCAAGAGAUUCUUUGGACACGGUUAAACGGAUACAUGGACUUCUUGAUUCCAUUGAAUUAAAACAGGUAGACAUUGAAAAUUGUUGGACUCAAAUGGAAAGAAGUUUGGACACUGUGAAGGUAAUAGACGACCUCGAAAAAGGUGUUUCACAAGUAACAGAGUGGAUUUUGGGACCGGCUGAUGCCAUGUUGAACUGUUCCUAUCAAGUUGGCUUUGACGUGAUAUCUUCGGACGAGCUUAGACGGCAACACGAGCAAUUAGAAUUAAAAUGUCGAGAGACGUAUGGUCGUUACGCUGAGUUGCUUCAUAAGAUUGACUGUUUGCCGACAGGUCAUUUACCGGAGGAUUUGAAGUCUCAAAAGGAUUUCAUGGAUUUUGUUUGUCGAAGCUUUGCAUCUAGAUUGGAAAGACGAAGGAACGUUCUCAUUACCUGUCAGAGAUUCUUUAGGCUUGUAUCUGAGUACUUCGAUAAGACGAGCGAAGUUUUUGACAGAUUGGUGAUGACAAAUACGACUCAUGAUUUUUCUCAAGCUAGCUUGAAACUACUCAUGCUGGAAAAUAAUCAAUUAGCCUUGGAAGUGUUAGAACAGGAACUUGUGAAAGAGGGCGAGAAACUUUCAGACAUCUUAUCGAUGCCUGUUAAAGAUGCCCUGGGAAGAGAUAUUCAUGUUGAUUAUGGCGAGGACAUUGUCAAUGUACGCGAUAUUUUGGAUGCUACGAUCGCUAGGAAGAAUAUCUUUAAUGAUAGCGUAGAAUUGCAGAAGCUGACUUUGAAACAAAUCUCCUUAAUAUAUACUUAUGAGAACGACGCCGAACAGGCUGUUAAAUGGUUGAACGAUUUGUUCAACGUUCUCUUUCACAAUCUUAUGGAGGUUGGAUGUAGUACUAGCGAAAUACAAUUGCAAAAAGAAAAACAUCAGUCCUUUCAGGAAACUGCGAAGGGAACUUAUGAGUACGGUUGUCAAUUGGUAAACGGAGCACGAGUGUUAAGAUUGUCUUGCAGAUUAUCAUUGGACAACAACGUUCACUUGUUUUCAAGAUUACGUCAAACAUGGAAACAGUUACGUUCAGCUGGUCAAGAGCAACUAACUAGGCUACGAGUAUGUGCCGUUUUUCAUAGAAGCGUUGAGGAUCAUUGUUCAAAAUUGCGGGAUUUGAUUGAAAUCGUUGGGUCCUUAAAACGAGCGAGAAAAAAUGAAGAUUUCGCUAGCGAGUGUCGUGCUAGAGCUGAGAUAAGGGAUAUCUUGGGUGAUCGAGAAAAACUAUUGUUGGACGUUGGCCGCAUGGUGAGACUAGGACGUCUUUUGAGGACCAGAUUAAAGGAACCCGUAUACCAUCAACGAAUGUCCGAAGCCGAGGAUGCUUCGGGCAAAGCCGCUAAUCUAACAGCGGUCGAAGCGAUAUCUGCGAAAUUGGCAGAAGUAACCCGGUUAGCCGAGAAGCUGGAUGCAAAAUUGUGCGAAGCUGGAGCGAGGACUCAGCCGGUACCGAUCCCUAGCUCGGCUUUAUCGAUCUCUUCUACCCUAACACCGACAACGACGACUUUAGCAUGCACUACGUCUCCUGUUGUUUUACCUAAACCCAUAACGACAACGACAAUUUCUUCGAUUACUGCAUCAAUUAGCGAAAUAACUCCUACAUUUGUUUAUUCGAACGAUUCUGCUUCAUCGUCGAUCGGUGCUACCGAUGUGUCCACUUUAACUUCUUCUUCUAAUUUUGGAUUAUUGCCUGGACCGAUCGUUUCGCAUGUUGAAGAUACUAAAACUUCGUCAGCAGUUUCAUCAAUUCCUUCUGGUAGCUUCCCAUCGAUGAUGGCUUCGAGCGAGGUUGUUUCAAACAGCUCAUCGAUGACCGAUGCUGCCGAAGAAAAGCAAGACAUUGAGGAUGUUGAAAAGUUACACGAAGAGAGCACGAACGAGGAUGUCAAUGUAGAUGGUUACGUGACAGCUACGGAAUGUUCGAUCACGCCUACGGCGAGAUCGCGAAGCGAAUCUUUCGUGACAUCUCCGGAAUGCGAAGACAUUGUAGUUUCAUCAAUAAUACCAACUGCUUCUUCUACUUUAGCUUGGUGGAAGCCGGAAGAGCCGACGAAAGAGCCGGAAAUAAUAAUUCCUGUGAAAGUUGAAAAGUCUGACGUAUUGAUGCAAAAUACCAAAGUCGAAGAAAAAAAUGAGUUGGUACCGUUAGGGAAAGUCGUUUCCAUUGAGAAGACCACGGAGGAGAGAUCUGGAAAGAUCGUAAAGGAAGUCACGGAAACGACUACUUUACGUGUCUCACACGACACUCACUUGGGCUUGGCGUCUUAUAAAGUUACCUCAAAUACGUUGGAAGAUCAUAUGCAAAACGUGGAUGUUAAAGAGAUGCACGAUUCUCAUCAUGUAAUAAUUGAAGAUCCGAAUAAAACAUUGAAUGGUAUCGAUCCUGAAAUUGAUCCCAUUUCUAUGAAAGAUUUGUCUGAAUCUUCGAAAGACGAAUCUUCGAAGAGAACACCGAUUUAUACUAAGAUGAUCAAGAAGAUUACAACGGACGAAGAAAAAUCGCAUAGGAUUAGUAAGGAAACGAAAAACGUUUGUUCGAUAACGAAAACUUAUACGAGACAUCACGAAGACAGUGGUAUCGAGAUGUCACCGACAAAACGCGAUAAAAAUGAGAUCGAGGGAGAGGAGUUUUUGGAAAACGCAAGGAAGAGUGGAGAAUGGCUACGAUUGAAAGUCUUGGAGGUACAACCAGAAUUAACGAAACUUGGUUCAUCGGUGAAAGAAGCCACGGAAUUGUCGAACGCUCACAAUGAAGUUCUUUUGCGAUUGCAGAGCAAACAAAGUCCGGUGGAAGAAUUAUUGCGUCAAGCCGAUCAAUUGAUUUCGACACAAAGACCAAGGGCGGAAGUUUAUGCCGCUAUGGCCGAAACGUUGGGCCAAGCAUGGCGUGAUGUGAAUGAUUUGUUGGAACGACGAAAACAGAUUCUUGAUUCCAACGUGCUCUUUCAAUGCCGUGCCGAAGAAUGCGGAGAAAGCAUGAGGGCUCUUGAAAUGGCAUGUAACGAUACUCUAUUACCGAUCGAGAUCGAAGCGGUGAAAAACUUCCUGUCGAAGAUACACGAUCUCCGAAAGACUAUGCUCGAAGCAUUGAUGGGCGCGUUGCAAGAAGGGAAAAUAUUGUUGGAUAAAUUGAAGGAGAUUGCGAACGAGGGUACUUUGGAUUCCAGACCCGAUAAAAUUAAGAUCGAGGCUGAUCAUGCCGUGUUGAAGGUCGAAAGAUGGUUGGAGGAUCUUCAUGACAAAAGACGAUUGAUCGAAGCUUCCUUUCGUAGUAGAAAAACCCAAUUGGAGCAGUGCCUUGCGCUUGCUCUGUUGGCGACCGAUCUUCGGGAUCUCGAAGAAAUUCUUAACGAUAGAAUAGCUGCAUUGUCAAGCACCUGUGAUCAACUCGGUGAUUCCUCGUCUAGCGCAGAAUUGCUUCUUUUCGAAUUGAAGAAAUUGCAGGCCGAGGCGAAAGAGUUUCAAGACCGAUCGAUCAAGAUUACGAAAUCGACCGAACGAUUGGUGUCAUCGGGACACUUUGCCGGCGAGCAGGCGACCGAGCAAGCAUACGCUAUACUCGGCGCAGCAGCCGAUUAUGUCAACGAUUUGGAUCAGUACGAGACACUGUUGAACAGAGCUGUGGCCUUUUUCGAGGCCGCACGAUCGGCUAUCACGAAAUUGGAUCAAUUGGAGAUUCAACUGGUGACAACGGAACAUCCACCGUUUUCAACACGAUUAGCACGCUUUCAUGCUCAGACGGUUAGCACGAUCGAGGACGUUACCUCGAAACCUUUGAUGGAAGGAUACGCCUUGCUAGAUAUCACGGGAAGAGGAGCGCCCGGAGCUGAGGGCGUGAAACGUACGGUCGAGGAGCUGGAGAGUCGAAAGAUACGUUUGUUAGAACGAUGCACGGCUCACGAAGAAGAGAAUCUCGAGAUAUCCAGAAUGAUAAAUGUUUUCUUGGAGAAACACGAGGAAUUGCACAUUUGGUUGACCAACAUUGCCGAAGCAUUUCUUCAAGGUCAUCAGGAUAUGGGUAGCGAUCUGCCAAUGGCUAAGGAUUUCUAUCGGCUUCAUAGUCAGCUUUUGGACGAUUUGGAGAAACGAACGAACGAGGUGGAACAUUUGGAAUUUGAAGUAAUUCCGAUACGUGAGCGAUUGGAUGAAGCGCAAAGGCGAGAAUUUCAAACGAAAAUCAUCGAGCUGCAAAAUUCUUGGGCAAAAACGAAGAAUAUAGUUGCUCAUAGAAUAGAUCUUGGCUUUCUUUAUGUACAGUUCCAUGAGAUCGUCGACGAACUUAGGAACAAAAUAGAAUCAUUGGAGAACGAUCUGAAGAGCAACGCUGAUGUUCUGAACGAAACGAAAAUCGAGGAUUUGAAAUCUAAAUGGAAAGCUCUUCAGCCAGUCUAUUUGAGACUUUCUAAUAGUGGUAAAGUUUUUCUAGACGAAGCUGCCAAGACCAAUGAUCCCUAUUUGGAUAUACCAAGGGCAUGCUUGUGUGUGGAGACGUUGUUGGAGAAAUUUGCGAACAGACAAUUGACUAUUACCGAAUCUUGGGAGAAAUGGCAGACGACUAUUAAAAUAUUGAGGGAACGACGAAUCGAGCAUGAACGAAAAAUCGAAGAAAGUACUAGGACGUUAGAGUGGGUUUCCAAGUUCGGCGAACAGUUGUAUCCGGUUAUAACUUGUCAGUCGAUACGAGUUGAUUCAAUACUUCGUGAUUUGGAAGGAUCGAGACGACGUAUACUACCCGAACUAAACAAAGCUGUCGACGAAUUAGAUGCAAGAAUCAAAAGUAUCGAUAAUCUGGUUGAAAAAGGUCAGAUGCAAAUCGAUCAAGAAAUGUCGGAAAGAUUAUCGCAGAUGUACGAGAAACUACAUUCUACGGCUAAAAAUUACAAAGAUCUGUUGAUGUCUCUGAUUUCAAUAUUUGAAUGCCUUCACGAGGUGGAACACAAGAUGGACGAGGCUAAAACAAAAGUCGAUUAUAUAACGUCAUUCUCCAAGUCGUACGACGUCGACGGAGCUGUGAACGAUCUUGAAAUGAUGAAACGAACGAUUACGGAGUCCUUGAAGCAUAUUCAAACAGAGAUUGAAGCAGUCGUCGUUACAAUAAAACAAUUAGAACCACCGGACGCUGCUUCACAGGAUAUCGAGAAACUGAGGCAGGCCUUGGAUAACGUUGCCUCGCCAUUCCAAAUAUUCACGGUUGAAACAUUAACGCGCAUCGAGGAGCAUCGUCGGAUCUGUAUCUUUGGCGAGGAUCUCUCGCGUAUCGACUCGGAUUUACGUGAUUUGAACGAUCAAUUGCAAAUUGUCGACGGGAGAUCCAAUGAGAAUUUACAAGCUGCCAAAGCAGCGGCCGCUGCUUUUAGUCAGUUCGAGGCAACUAUGACGAUUUUGGAACAAAGAAUAGACGUCUUUGUAAGAACGACAGAGGAUACCAUAGUGAGUUCAGCACCACAUGUGAGAAAUGAUUUGACAUCUUUGAAGGAAAAAUGGAGGGAUCUGAAGUCGCGUAUGGAAAAUUCCAAAAAGCGAAUGGUCUUGUGUAUUCAGUAUUUCGAACUUUUAGAAGAGGCCAAAGAAUGGUAUAGAGAGGGUGGUAAACUCUUGAUAGUUAUUGCUAGGAAAGCCACUAGCGUGAAAGUUCCAAAAGAUGCUACUGAUUUGUUACAAGAGAUCGAUAAUUAUUUGAAACCAGGUGAACAGAAUCAAGAAAAUAGAAUCGAAAGAUUGAAGGAAUUGUCUACGAUUAUUUUUGGUACCGAUAGGUUGCCACAGUUUAAUGAAGUUAUAGUUGAGAAUCGGCAGAUGUUAGAUUCGUUCGCCGUUAUUUCAUCGGAAUUGCGUACCUUAGUGCAGAAUUUACAAAAUGCCGAAGACCUGAGGGAAAAGCUAAGAAUGGAAAAGUUGGAAGCUGAUGAGAAAUUGCAUGCUGUUAAGAGAGAAAUGGCAGCCGCCGAGGCAGCCAGAAAUGAGGCUGAAAAUGCAAGGAAGAUGGCAGAGAAAAUUGCUGCAGAGACAUUGGAACGUGCCGAGAUGGAAGCAAAGAGAUUGAAAGAGGAAAAGCUUGCUAAACUCGAAGCUCAGAAGAUCAUAACACAGCCGCCAUCAUUUUCUGUAUCCGCUCAGACGGAUAAAUUUGAGAGUACCGAUGAGAGAUAUAUCCACGAGAGUCAUACUUCGGCCGUAACGAAAAAGGAGAUUCAUAUUUUACAAAAGAUGGAAGUAGAGAAGAUCGUACCCAUUGUGCAAAAAGAGCCAAGCCCACCAAAGCAAAUAACCGAAGAAUCCCAUAAAUCGAUCGUACAUGAGGUUGAGCAAAAGGUAUCUCCUGAAUUUACUAUUCCUUUGAAUGAUGCAACUGUUCAAGAGGGCGAAAGGUUUACUUUCGAAUGCCGCUUGAUCGGAUAUCCCAUACCAGAAGUGGUUUGGUACAAGGAUGGAAUAUCCAUUUUAAAUAAUCCUGAUUAUCUCACCACCUUCCAUCAAGGAAUUUCUACCCUUACAAUCGAAGAAACAUUUGCCGAGGAUUCAGCAAGGUUUACUUGCAAGGCGUUCAAUAAUCUUGGAUCUGCUGAAACAUCAGCAACGCUAACGGUCAAGGAAACAGCACCAGAGGAGCAACCCAGUCCUCCAGUCUUCGUUAAAGAAUUACAACCAUCGGUGGCAAUUGAAAGUUCUUCUCAUCGAUUGGAAUGUACGGUAGAAGGAAAUCCAUUACCAACAGUUCAGUGGUACAAAAACGAAACUAAUAUUGAUAAUUCGCCUGAUUACAUUAUAACAUAUAACAAUGGUGAAGCUUGUCUGAGUUUCGAAGAAGUUUUCUUAGACGAUAGAGCUAUCUAUACCUGCAAAGCCACCAAUCGGCUUGGACAAGUGUCUACUUCUGCUGUCCUUGACGUAGAAUCAAUGGAAACGUCUACGGAGAAACCUUAUUUCUUGACACCAUUAUCGAACGCAAUGGCGAGAGCAGGACAGAGAGUAAAACUAGAAUGUGAAGCUACCGGUAAUCCAAUACCACGAUUAUCUUGGACCCACGAUGGAAAGCCGAUAGACGAGACCAUUCACACGAAAAUUCAAACAGAGAGUGGUCGAACAAGUUUGAUAAUUUCGGAAGCUUUUCCGAAAGAUGCUGGAUGUUAUACGGUGAUAGCUAAAAAUGAUGUAGGCGAAGCUAGUGUAUCGUGCAAUGUAUCAGUGAAAGGACGUCUUCCUCGUGAAACCAGCGAUUCCGAAUUCGCCUGCAGUGACAUGGAGCCCACAGAACCGAAAAUUCAACUUCGUCUGAAGGAUCAUGAAGUUCUCGAAGGGCAUACGGUCAGGUUGGAUUGUGUUAUAGUUGGGCAACCUGAACCCGAGGUAAUCUGGUAUCACAAUGAUAAGCCCGUGAAGGAAUCGGCAGAUUUUCAAUUACUAUUUCAAGGCGACAAGUGCUCCUUGAUUAUCCAUGAAGCUUUCGUAGAUGAUGCCGGAGUAUACAGGGUGGUCGCCAUUAAUUCUGGCGGUGAAACGUCUAGUCAGUGUACAUUAAAAGUUAUACCAAUUUCUCGUCAUUCAGAAGACGUGGAUUCAAAGGACAAACAAGCUUCCGAAUCAGCAAUACCUAAUUCACCACCAAAAUUUGUGAAAUUGCCGACUGAUUCUUUGGUGGCCGAAGGUGAGGAUGUGAGUUUCGAAUGUGCAGUGACUGGUGAACCGAAGCCAGAAGUCAAAUGGUACUUUGACAACAAUGAAAUCAUAGCAGACAAGAGAAUCUUGAUAAAACAAAAGGAGGAUGGUACGAUUAUGAUGAAGAUUUUAUCAGCCAUUCCAGAAGAUAAAGGUAAUUAUGUGGUCAAGGCUACGAAUAUUUGCGGAGAGGCUAAGGCUUUUGCCAGAUUGGUCGUACGAUCGUUGAGUGACUUCAGGAAAAAAGAAGAAUUUGUCAAAAUGGAAGAGAAAUUGAUACCACCGAGUUUCAAAGAACGAUUUACCAGUAGGCUCGUACCAGAAGGAGUAUCUACAAAAUUUGAAUGCAUUGCUAUUGGAAAACCUGCUCCUAAGAUUCAGUGGUUGUUCAACGAUCGACCGGUCCAUGGAAAAGAUUUCUUGGUCUCCGUUAGUGGCGAUCGGCAGGUACUGACGAUACCAGAAACCGGAAGUUCGCAUGCUGGGACAAUAUCUUGCGUGGCGGAGAACACCGCCGGUAAAGCGACCUGUAACGCCAAAUUAGAAAUCGAUAUCGAGCCGAAAAAGGAGGAAGGUGUAGAAAGAGUACUUGAGUUAGUCGAAGUAAAACCUGUCGAAGACAUGCACGCGGCAAGUAGUAGCGACAAACAUUUCUCGGCUGAAAAGAUGUCGGACGAAGGAGGAUUAGGCAGUCAAAUUCUAACUAAAAUGUCACAAACCAUUACGGAAUCUACGACAACUCAUACGUCCACGAAGAAGGAGUUUAUAUCAUCGAUGAUGUCCUCGUCAACGGCAACACCCGGACAGGAACCUACCAGCGUUACCGUGAAAAGUACUGUUCACAGUACCGAACAGUCAACUUCUGAAAAUGGUGCUCCUCCCGUUGUUCAGUCACAGAAAGUCGAGGAGUUCGAAAAGAUUGUUCAAGAUCAGCCAGGUGAAAUUCGACAGGAGAAGACUGUUGUGGUAUCUCAAGGCGAGGAAGGUAUAAAACGUGAUGGGAAGACUAUGCAAGUUCAAAAGCCAACUAGGAAAUCAACAGCACCGAGAUUCGUUUCGCCGUUAACAGGAAUGAUCGUGGAUCAAGGCGCUGAUGUUGUCGUCGAAGGAAUAGUUGAUGGCUAUCCGCAACCGAAUAUUUCUUGGUCAAAGAACGGACAGGAGUUACAGCCUAAGGACGGUGCCAAGACGAGUUAUGCUCAUAAUCACGUACGCUUAGAGUUGAAAAAUGUCAACGUGAAAAAUGCCGGACGUUACACUUGCACUGCCAGCAAUGAAUGUGGAUCAGCGAGCAGUACUGCUGAUCUGGUGGUCAAAAAAACAAUCUUCCCACCUGUAUUCGGUAGACGAUUACAAGCACAAGUUGUGAAACGUGGCGAUCGUGUUCUUAUGGAAGUUGAAAUCACUGGUACUCCAGAGCCUACAGUUAUUUGGUACAAAGAUGACGUUCCUGUCAAAGAACAACCACCCGCAUUGAGAAUAAGACAACAAGGCAACUGUUACAUAUUGCAGAUCGAUAAAGCUGAGAAAGUACAUGCUGGAAAAUAUAUGGUACGUGCGACUAAUGCUGGCGGUGAAGCUCAAAGUAUAGCAGAUUUUGCUGUGUUCGAACCUACACCCGACACUAUGACGGAAGUUCACAAGACGGUUAUUUAUGAGAAUGUUCAAGAUAAAAAGAUUAUCCAACCUGACGUAAAAAAGUUCGAUGUACCGUCAGCAACUUUGAAGACAGAGCAAGUAGCAGCGACAACGAUCCAGCCAAGUUCUAUUUUAAAAACUAUUCCAAGUCCAGCUCCAGCAUCUACCUUAUCCACAAUCCGUACGACCCAAGUAAUCGAAGAGCCAGAGAUGAAAAGUUGUCGAUCGGAAACGAUCUCGUCAACGUUUGAAACUCAUCAAACCGAGACUAAAUCGGAGCAAAAGUUCCACAUGAAGUUAGAACAUAAAACUCCGCCGAUAAUCGAACCGAGAGCUCGUCCCGAGCUAACGACCACGGUAAAGCAAGUUACCCAAGAAGAAAUCAGUUCUAAAUUUAUCGAGCCAAAGUCUGUGACCGUGGAAGAAGCGACGAAAAUCGAAAACGAGAAUAUAGAAACUUCGACUAUCGCGAGAAAAGAUGCAUUAAGUUUCUUUGAAUCUAUUACGAAGGAAAGUGAGAGUGUACCGAAGAGGCCAAAAGAAAUGAUUAAGUUGAUAGAUGAUGCCGAUGGAAAGGGUCACGAAGUAAAGGUUGGAAAGCUAACGCAAAAUUACGAACGAUCCACCGCUUUUCAGGAGAUAAAAAAGCCUGAACCGAAGCCGACGGACUUUCAAACGACUAAGAAAUCUGUCCAAGAUAUUUUUACCAAGUUGGAAUACGGAUCCUCGUCGCGCGGAGUAGAUAAUAAAUUAUUUGAUUUUCCAUACGAGGAAUACAAAUUACCACCGUUAGAGACGAAAAAGACACUUUUGGAAGAUAUCGCUGUAUCGGGAGCACCGAUAAUCGAAACGAUUUCAAGAUUAAAAACUCAAUCUGAAAGUACUGAAACAAUGACGGAAGGAUUCAAUCUGGUACCGGAACCACCACCGGAAAUAGGAUACAUGCCUAAGCCCGAAGAGAUUAAAAAAAAGAGCCCUGAGGUACCACUCAAGGCGAAGCAACUUCAAGAAUCUUUUGAAAAAACUUUAUCUCCUAUAGACGCACCGGUUGGUGGUGUGAAAAUAUUUCCUAUAACUCCUCAAAAAGUUUUAGAGAGUCCUAAGAUUACGAGGAAGCCCUCUACAAUGCCACCCCCACCAUUUGAGCUUGAAAAAAAGGAAGUCAUUGAAGAGAUAUGCAUUAAGAAAGAUGUUCAUGAGAAAAAGGACAGUAAGACCUUGAAGGAAGAAAAAAUCGAAGCACCAAAGUUCGUUCCAGCACCGAGUGUUAGACCACCAUCACCUCCAAGACCCUGGUCGUCGUCAUCGGAUAUAGAAACUAGAUCACAUGUAUCUACGGAUAUUUCCGAGUACAGAUGUCACUCUGCCGCAUCCAGUCAUCAAGAGAUAUUACGAUCAACCUCACCGCGACCUUCUGCCGACGGUUUAGCGAUGGAAAAGUCAUGGGCAAAAAAAUGUACAGACGCCACACGAAAAUCUUGGCCACCACCGAGUGAUUCUACUACGACUAUGCCUAAACAAUUCCCUGGAGAAGAUUAUAAGAGCUCGACGAAAGAAUUUAAACAGGAAACUGAACACACGUCAGACGGAGGUUUUAAAAAGACAAGUAUGGAGUCUUCGAGUACCUUAGAAAAACGUUCUUGGAGUACGAAACAGGAAUCGAUGGAGAAAGUUAUAGAAAGGGCACCUUCGCCGCCCAAGGUAAAACCGAUUAUUUAUAAGGCUGAAACUAUUAAAGUCGAUCAUGCCAUUAAUACGAUUCAAGAAAAAUCGAUGCAUGAGAAGUAUACAUCGGAAUACGACGUGCAGAAACAGGCAAGUUCCGAAAAAACAAUCGAAGAGUUUUCAUUAAAAAGUCCUUGGCCAGUGGAAACGGAUUUAAAAGCACCUGGAUUAGUAAAAAGUGUCGAACCACCGAAGAAAAUAUUUGUCCUACCGCAGGAAUCUUCUUCCAUGACAACCGAAUCUCAUUCGUAUGAUUCGGUUAUUUUGGAACCUGGCCCACCGCCGGAAAUUGGCUAUGUGCCACCACCGACGAUAAAGGAGAAAAAAAUAGAGAAGAUCGAGAAAACGCUAGAAAUGUCAUUAGAGACUAAGCCAGCUAAAAUUCCACCGGGUGCUAUUAGAACUAUACCACCACCAGUUUCGCAAAAAAAGGAAGAACCACCACCACCACCACCACCGGUUCUACCACCUAAAGAUGUACGAAUCACUCCGCCGCCUAUUCCUGCGAAACAAUCUCUUUUGGAUAAUUUAGAACCUUUCCCGUUCAAACCAUCUCCAUCGCCGGCGGUAACUAAACCAACCACGAAACUUUUGCCACCUGUAACGCCAACUAAAUUUGUUAAGGGAACUUUCGGAAGUGAUUACGAGUCGGACAUAGAAAUUCAUGUGAAGCCAAAAUGGCGACCUUACGAAAGCGACAGCGAGGAGCCACGUUAUCGUAGAGUACAAGCUCCGGUUCCUAAACAAACCACUAGACCAAGAUCAACGGAACCGGAACCAUUACCUCCUUCCAAAUUUGAUAUUCCUCCGGUAGAAUUCUCAGGUCCGUCCAAAUCCAUAUUAACCGAAGAAACUCAACAGAAAAUGUAUAAGAAAACAAUUUUCAAACGACACGAAAAGGAAACGAAACAGCAGCCAAAUUAUCAGCCUAGUCAAACUCAAGCCUCUCCUCCUCAAGUCGUUCUAAAGCCAGGUUCUCCACCAAUUUACGUUCAACCAACCAGCAAAUCUCAAGCACCUAAGUCUCCACCAACGAAGAAACCAGAGUCUCCAAAGUUUAAGGUGAAAACCUUCCAACAAGAGAGUGGUUAUAUGGCGGAUACGGAUGAGCCGUUACAACAAAAAGCUUCAAAUAUUACCAUUCAAAAAAGUUUUGGAAAGCACGAUGGUUCUACCAGUUCGGCAAGCUCGCACAUAGAAUCUCGUACGUCCUAUUCCGAGAGCAAAUCUGAAUACUUUGAAAGUAAAAGUUAUCACAGUCACGAACAACAUAAGAAGGAAGUAUCGUCUUUCGUUCCAACUAUUACUUCUCCAUCUCCUAGUUCCUUAUCAAGCCAAAAACCUGCCGUCGAACAGCGAACGUCAUUUAUCGAGAAGACAUAUUCUUCAUCGAGUGGAACCGAGCCCACUAAGUUAAAAACUGCGAAGGAGACAGUUUAUACUACGGAUCUCUCUUCGCAUCGGAAAAUGGAUACAACGCGGAAAGUUCAGGCACCCUCUCCAAGCCCUUCCAAAUUUGUCAAGGGCGAAUUUCGUGAGAGUGAUUACGAAAGCGAUUACGAUGGUAGAAUCUCGUCUGUCUGGAAACCCCGCGGUACCGAGACCGAUGAUCGUUCUUUCAAACCAGUGAAAUCUACCUUAACUGGUUCAGGAAAACCGAUCGUGGCAACGCCAUCAGAAAAAAGAAUCGAAGAAACGUCAUCGGGCUUUGAUCAAAGAACAUCGAUGAAAGAGGUCGAGCAAGAAAGUCGGAUAGAAGAUAGAUCGAUCGUUACACCGACCAAGAUAAAGCAAGUUUUAUUACCUGGUUCUCCACCUGAAAUCGCUUACGCUCCACCUCAUGGUCAAGAAACGUAUUACGAAGCACGCGCGGGAAUGCCUUAUCAUAACGCAAUUGGUACGGAAACUAGGAAAACAGUUCGAAUGGAUGAAUCAACGGAAAAUAGCAGAAGAAUCGUCACAGUUGAACAGACUAGUCGGGUCAUCAAGUUCGGUGAUGGACAGAAAACGACAAGCGAUCUUGGUCCUGUCGAUUCAACGAAAACGCAAAAACAACAGAAAUCCUAUUAUCGCGUACCGACUCCUAAGAAGUUUGUACAGGGCCAAUUCAGAGAGUCCGAUUACGAGAGUGACGUUGAUUCCAGCAGAAUUAGACCAAAGUGGGCACCUGCAGAUAGCGACUCGGAGGAUCCAAGAUACAGAAGAGUUCAACCUCCAUCUGGGAAAAGUAUUAGAUCGAGCAGCCUUCCGGUUAGACAAGAACACGUGGUUUCACCAUUGGAAUUUGAUACCGGUCCACCACCGAUGAAAAGACAAACGUCGAUGACUCAGCUACGCGAUGAGAUCAAAACAAGCAAGUUCGAGGCACAGAAGUUUCAACAGCCGCCAUUUUCGAGGCAAGACGAACAAGUUUUGCAGCCUGGCUCACCUCCUGAAUUCGGUUUCGUAUCCAGGAACGACGUCAAAAAAGCUGCCAAUCACGUGGCGUCACGUCACAUGAGCGAUAUGACGAGUACCUUCAAAUCCAAGACCGAAAAGUUCGUAAGUGACAUCCAGUCGGAUCUGAAGCAAGGUAAACCAAUCCUAAAACAUCCUGCUGAGAGUCGCGUUAGCGACAGUGACGAGCCGCGGACGUAUAGAGAAGAAUCUCGAGUUGCUGAACACGGGAUGAAGCAAAUCGAUCCGGAUACUGGACUAAUAUAUUUCAAGUAUGACUUCGGCUAUGAAUUUGGAAUCGUUUUACCUGGCGAGGGUAAGAAGACCAUCACUAGUACCAAUAAAACGAUUCAGGGUCAAAGACGAGCUAGCGACAUCGAGGUGCCUAUCGUUCAUGAAUUUACCACCAAGAAGGAAAACGGUUAUGCGAAAAAGGGGACGACUACGUCGUCGUCCUCGACUCGUUCGACUAAAUCUGCUACGACUAAGUUUGGCCCUUCGAAAACAGUAAAAUGGGAACCAACGUCCGAGAGCGAAUUUUCUGAAGCCGAGGAUACGAAGAACGCUAGAAGAAGAUAUCCUGGCGUUGGUGGAGACACUAUGCCACCACCACCGAGUCUCGUUAUACCUUGUUCACCGUCACCGUCCAGAUGGGAUUACACCACGCCUAGUCCGCUUUCCCUCAGUCCAAGCUUGCCGAGUCUCUCUCCCCGAUACAGUAGCGCCACUGGACCACCUAGCAACGUGGAUUCUGCAGGUUCGCCAUGGCCAACGAGUAACGGAGUCGCAUCUACUAAAGAAGUGAUCCAGCCUUAUCUUGAAAUAUUACCAAAGAAGGCUCCUCUCUUUAUCACGCCUCUGAGAGAUAUCGCUGUUGUGAGUGGACAAACCGCGAGAUUCGAGUGCAUUGUCCAGGCAGAACCACAACCAAAUAUCUUGUGGUCGAAGGAUGGUAGAAUUAUUGAAAAUUCUUCCAAUUUUGAGAUACAUUACAGAAAUGGUGUUUGUCGUCUAACUAUCGCUCAUGCUUUUCCUGACGAUGCCGGGACUUACGCUUGUACUGCCACAAAUGGUUUAGGAUCCACUGUAACUUCCGCUACCUUGCAGGUUCCAGGUAACAGACGAUCAAUAUACGCACCUAUUUAAUGAUGAUGAAAAGGUGGUAGUAUAUUAAAAAAAAAAACAAAAAAAAAAGGGAAAAAUCAAAAUAAAAAAACAAAAAAAAAAAAUAAACAGAACACGAAGAUACAGCAAAAAAUGGUACAGCUUAUAUCAUGAGGGUGGUGGAAAAUGUCUAACUUUCUGUCGUCUAUGGACUUCGAAUCGUCAUUUAUUUAAAUCUUUCAUGAAACUCCAAAAAAAUGAAAAUCCAAAAAAAUAGUUUCAAUGUCAUAUUAUAUGAUAUUUUAUUCAUUUCGAAAGAUUGUAAAGAAAACGAAAUUAACGUCAAAUCCAAAAAUCAUUCAAUUCGUUUAACUUCAAAAAGUAUGAUUGUUUUGUAUAUUUUAUUAAUAUUUCGCAAUAUGGACGAGGAGUUCUAGUCAAUCAUCAGUGAGAGGACGAGAAAAAUCCGAGUGAUUUCGAAAAGUGGUGGUGAAUUUUUUUUGUAGUCGCGUCAUGAACUCUUUUCAAUGCAUUUUUGUCGUUGCUGACACUAAAGACUUUCGAAAAAAAAAAAAAUCGCUUCGAUAGGCUAUCUUCUUUUCUCUUGCGUAUUUCUCUCGCACUUUUUCUUUCUUGCUCUCUUUCUUUCUUUCUUUCUUUCUCUCUACCUAUCUCAAUCUCUCUUCCUCUCCCUCUCCCUCUCCCUAUCUCUUUUCUCAGUUCUUUAUUACUUUCUCUUUAGCACAUGAUCGUUUUCCUAACUUUUUUUUUCAUCCACCCUGUCAUAGAUUAGAAUUAUAGUUUUCUUUGUUUCUAUUUUUCUUGAAAAAUUAUCUUAUAUUCUCGUGAGAUCGACAAACUUACACAGUAACACGUAUGUAUAAAAAAGAUGCAGCUAAAGAAAUUCUACGAGUAUAUUUCUAUAUUUGUAAGAUGAAACGAGAAGAAGAAGAAAACGAUCAGAGAUUCACAAAAAAAAAAAAAAAAAAAAACAAAAAAUAAAUAAAUAAAUAAUAAAAUAAAAAAGAAAAAAAAAAGAAAAAGAAAAAGAGAGAAGAUUUUGAAAAAGCGUUCAUUUACAUUUCUUAAAUCAUUAAGCAAAUCUAUUUAUUUAUCUAAGUAAGUCUUUUGUUCGAGAAUAAAAAUGCUAGUCACAUUUUGUUACUUAAAAUCUAGACGAACGAUAAGACUACUACUAUUUGUUAUUUUCUUGCAUAAAUAAGAAUGAAUCGGUUUAUCGAGGAUCGACAUAUGUUGCGUUCCUCAUGUUUUUAAUUUUUUGGUGUUUCCACGAUAUAUUCAUUAAUUUCUUCCGAUUAAAUACAUAAAUGAAUUUAUAGCGAAGGCGAAACACAAGAUUGUCAUAACGCAUUCGCGAAAACAUAAACAGAUCAUUGUUAAUGUUCUUAUCAUCGUCAACGCUAUUGAUAUACUGUGUAAAUAAACGUGUGCUUCCUCUGCAAUAUAAAA